AUGGACAAUUCAGUAUCUAUAGAUUUUGCAAACUUAUUCGAAAAUCCUGAAGGUUACAACGUAAAAAUUUUAGUCGGUGAAGAACCAAACGUCAAAGAAUUUAAAGCACAUAAGUUCAUCUUAACUAGUAGAUCGGAUUAUUUCAAACGCGCAUUUUCUUCACAAUGGGAAAGAGCGGAAAACGGAAUUAUUGUUUUCAAAAAACCUAAUAUUUCGCCUUCGGUAUUUAAUGUUCUUUUAAAAUAUAUUUAUACGGGGGUAAUUUCAGUCGAUAAUAAUGAAGUUAGUUUCGUUGAUAUUGCUUUUGCGAGUGACGAGCUUCAACUACUUGAAAUUUAUCAACAACUUGAAAGACGCUUGCUUGAUGAGGAGGCAGUUUGGAAACAAGGGGAUAUAGUUACAGUUAUUCGGCACGAUCACUUCAUUGAAUUGUAUAAAUUCGCAAUAAAAUUGGCAUGCAGAAAUCCUAUGCUUGUUUUUAAAUCGGAAUAUUUCUCUAAUAUAGGAGAAAGCAAUUUCAUUGAUCUUUUGAAAUGUGAUGAUCUUGAAUUAGACGAAAUUGAAAUUUGGAAAUACCUAAUCCAAUGGGGGAUCAAGAAUACUGAUUCUAUCUUUGAUGACAAUUUGAAAAAAUGGACAGCGGAAAAUUUCAUGGACCUAAAAAAUACUCUGCGUAAUUGUAUUCCUUACAUACGAUUCUUUCAUAUGUCACCUGGAGAAUAUAAGAAACUUAGAGUUCAUUUUAAGGGUAUUUUACCAGAUGGUUUUGACGAUGAAAUUAUUCAAUAUUUUUCGGAUCCUAAUUUUAAACCCUCAAUCAACAUUUUGCCAUUAAGAAAAUAUCCACUAAAAUCAAAUAUUAUUGAUGCAAAAGAUGUUGGGCUGAUAGCAAACUUACGCAUUAUGUUAUCGGAUUCUUCUAAUAGUGUUGUUUGUAAUAGCAGAAAACACUCUUACGAGAAGAAAAUUAUUGACAGAGAAACUUUUGAAAUAGAAGAAUAUGAA